AUUAAAACAAAUCAAUUUUUUUAAAUAUUUGUAUUGCUAUGAUAACAACAAACACAGAAGAAAAAAAAGAGACAUUUUUCAUAUAAUAAUAUUCUUCUUAAAGUGAAUAUAAAUGUUUUGAUACAUUUAUAGUAAUUUUUAAAUAAUCUGAGAUUGAUAACAUAAAAUAAAUUGAUAAGAAUGAUAAUAUUUGUUUAGUUGUGAAUGCGUUGAGAUAUCAUAGUAUGUUUGUGAAUUUUACUACUUGCCACCGAACAUAAUAACAACGAAAAUAUUAUCUUUGGUUGUAUAUACUCAUAUUCCAAGCGGUGUAUAACUGUACAGGUCAAUGCAAAUGAUUGAAAACUUGAUAUUGUCUGGUUCCAGUGCCCUCAAGUUCCUAUAAACAUAAAUAUUCAUGCAAACUACUAAGCAUGUGUCAUGUGUCAUUAUUUCCAGUUAUUUGGGCUAUAUACAAAACUAGGUUUGUUGAUAUGACUAAAAAAAACCUAUACUUUAAAAUGCACCGCAGAAACUCAUUAUUCUAUUUUAUUCAUCUAAACUAUUUUUAAACUAUGCUUAAAACAUUGGUUAUGUAUUUCUAGUAUGUAUAGAUAUCUGUGAGUAAGGAAGUUAACUUUAAAAUAAUUACAAAACAAUAUAUGUAAAAUUAAAAUUUACUACAUUGGCGUGGAAAUUUUCUAUAUUGUGUUUUAUCACAUUUUUUGGAAAUAUACAUAAAGCUGAAUUCAUUCAUUGACUAUUCAUUUGGGUGCUAUUGUAGUACAAAAAAGCACUGACGCAAAUUCAAUGUAAGUCUAUAUAAGUUGCAAGGCUAGUAUACCAGCUUAGUUUAGCCGCCGGAGCGUCGAAAGUUUGAUGAAUUGAAGUGUAAUUGCAAUCAUAAUAUAAUUUGUUGCAAUAAUGUGUUUAUGGGAUCAACACAUAGAAUUUUUUGAGACUUAUGGCGAUCAAAGAUUGAAAGGAUGGUUCCUGAUGACUUCUCCGGUUCCAACAAUAUGCUUGUGUUUGUUUUACGGGCUGGGAGUGACAAAACUCGGACCAUAUUUGAUGGGUGAUCGAAAACCUUUUGAGUUACGUAAUCUAAUUAUUGGAUACAAUUUUGUACAAGUUCUCAUUAGUACAUAUUUAUUUUAUGAGUUUGCUUCAUUAUGGUUCACUUCCUAUGAUUUUAUUUGUCAACCAGUCGACUAUUCAGACAAUCCAGAUGCAAUAAGAAUAAUGAGGGCCAUGUAUUUGUAUCUGUUAUCUAAAUUUUUUGAAUUUUUCGACACAGUAAGUACAAUAUUUUUUGUGCUGCGAAAAAACUAUCAUCAAGUUAGUGCUCUACAUGUCAUUCAUCAUAUGACUGUUCCUAUGUCCGUUUGGUUGGGUGUAAAGUUUGUUGCUGGUGGCCAUGCAACUUUUUACAGCCUUCUCAAUACUUUCGUGCACAUUAUAAUGUAUACCUAUUACAUGUUGGCGGCACUAGGACCUCAUCUGCGGAAGUAUCUAUGGUGGAAGAAGUAUUUAACGGUGCUACAAAUGGUACAAUUUACCCUCUUUGGCAUUCAUUCCAUUCAAUUGUUGUUCAUUGAGUGCGAGUUUCCGAGGGUGUUCGCACAUAUCAUAAUCGGCAAUGCAAUAUUGUUUUUAUACCUAUUCUAUAAUUUCUAUGGCAACAGCUAUGCCAAAAAUGACAAAACAGAUGUGGUGCAACCAAAAGCUGUAAAAACUAUAAACCUGUGGAAUUACGAUUGGGUGGAUAAGAUGUGCUUUCCGGGCCAGGAUGUAUUAUUUGAGGAUGACAACGGUAAACAUGACGAUUGCCCAUCACUGGAAGAUUCGUCGUCGGAUGGCAUGUCCAAGAAAUUACCGGUAUUUAGCAGUGCAGGAGAAGUUCGCGAACGUCGAAACCAAAAAAACGAGGCAGAAGCGUAAUUAUUUAAGUUCUUAUAUAUCGCGCUAAGAUAUUAUUUCUUUCUUGAAACGUAAUUUUUAAUAGACGUUCCAAGGUUAUUUAAAUUAAAUAAGUAAGUAAUAAAGUAAUGAAUAAAGCAUUUCAUUAGUAUAAA